AUGCGAAGCCUGAUCCGCCAACGCUACGGACAGGCGGCCACGAUCUUCCGCGGUCUCGGCCUGGCCCUGACGAUUGCCGCCGCCGCGGCCUUCCUGGGCGCCCAUUACGGCGCACCGGCCAUGCUGUUCGCGCUUCUGAUCGGCAUGGCGUUCAACUUUCUGGCACAUGAGAGCCACAUCAAGCCCGGCGUCGAUUUUGCCGCCUCCGCCUGCCUGCGCCUCGGCGUCGCGCUGCUCGGCGUGCGGCUCAGCUGGGCCGAUUUCCAGUCACUCGGCCUCUACCCCGUCAUCGCCGUCAUCGCGCUGGUCGCGCUGACGAUCCUCGCCGGCAUCGCCCUGUCGCGCCUUCUGGGCCGCGGCGCGCGGCUCGGCAUCCUGACAGGCGGAUCGGUGGCCAUUUGCGGUGCGUCGGCGGCGCUGGCGCUCGCAUCCGUCCUGCCCCGCGACGCACGCCUGGAACGCGACACGCUGUUCACGGUCGUUGCUGUCACCACGCUGUCGACGAUCGCCAUGGUCGCCUAUCCGCUUUUGUUUGCCGCGCUCGAUGCCACGGACGCGCAGACCGCCAUGCUGAUCGGCGCGACGAUCCACGAUGUGGCGCAGGUGGUCGGUGCCGGAUAUUCGGUCAGCCGGGAAGCGGGCGAUACCGCCGUCAUGGUCAAGCUGAUGCGCGUGGCGCUCUUGCCGGUCGUGCUUCUCGCGGUGAUCGUCGCGCUCGCCAACGGCAAGGCCGAUGGCGGCAAGAUCACCCUGCCCUGGUUUCUGGUCGCCUUCAUCGCGCUGGCCGCGAUCAACACCCUUGGUCUGAUCCCCGCACCGGUUGCGUCGGCCGCCGAAUCCGCCUCGCGCAUCCUGCUGAUCACCGCCAUCGCCGCGCUGGGCGUGAAGACCGCGCUCAAGCAGAUGGCCGAUCUCGGCGGCGGCUACAUCAUGCUGGUCGUCGCCGAGACGGCGCUCCUGCUCGCCAUGGCCAUCGUUUUCGUCAAGCUGUUCGUCGCCUGA